AAUACGUAGAAAGGGACACUUUACUUCUGAUGAAUUCCUACUAACAUAUUAGCAUGAAACAGCUUCCUUCUAACCGCAGAUUUCUUUGUGAGUCUGAUGAUUAAAGAUGAAAUUCAAUGUUUGUUUCCCACUACUCUAUUACAUCGGGAUUAUUAUUCUCCAUCAUGCUUCAUGUUAUAACCAGCUCAUAAAUACCAACCAAACGAAAGUUAAAAGCAGUUCUAGACUUCCAUAUGGAUAUGGAAAAGCAUACAAAGCAAACCUAUCUAUUGACGGAUAUCGCAGUCAAGAUGCUUUUUACUGUAUGCACACAGAUAGAAAAAAGUCAGAGGCUUGGUUACACAUUGAUCUUGGAGCCAUUUUUAAUUUGAAAAGUGUGAAAAUAUGGUACAGGGGCGAUAUAUUUCGCAAAAACCGUCCUUCGACUUUUAGACUUAAUGGAUUUUCCAUUCUUGCAUCUCGAAUGCCAGAAAUAGAUAAAAAGGACACAUGCUAUCAAGAUGCGGGGAAUGUGUCUCUAGAUACGGUGAUUGAAAUCAACUGUACAAGUGUAGCGCAAUAUGUAACGAUUUAUAAUGACAAGAAGAACGAUCCAAAUGGUGUCAUGCUAGAAAUUUGUGAAGUUGAGAUUUACGGUUGUCCACGUUUUAAAUAUGGCGAGAAAUGCGCAUCAUGUGACAUGUGUAGAAAUGAUUGCGACAUAACGGGGCAGUGUGAUGAGUACGGUUGUAGAGAGGGUUAUCUUCCACCAUUUUGCAAAGCCUGCAAUGAUUGCUGGUAUGGUUGAGAAUGUAAAGAACUUUUACUGUUGAGCCAACAGACCGUGCCAUCACGUGACCGGAUCUUGUGUUGGACUUUGCGAACCUGGAUAUUUGAGAGAUAAAUUAAAGAUACCUUUUUAAUUGAACAACGUGCGAAUCAGAGGGAAAUGAUUGAAUUGCUGAGAGGAUUAUUUACCUAUAAAAGAAAAAAGUGAAACUUAAAGAAAAGAACUCAUCUCCAACUGAAUUGAAAUUAGAUAAAUAUUCUAAAAUAACGAAAACGCUACCUUCAUUAAGUAUUUUUGAAGUGCUUAAUAUACAUUUUUCUUAAUUUAGAAGAAGAGUUUUUGUUCCAUCAUAUUUAUUCACAUUUCUUAUUUUGUUUUAGUGUAAAAUAAAUUUGUACAAAUCGUUAUGCCUUUCGUUAUGCGUGU